GACCAUGAACGAUACCACUGGAAACAUGCUGAUACCCGACUUCAACCACACAUUUUUAAUCUGGCAAACAGAGCGUUUCGGCGAAUGUGUCAGACUGGUGGAAACCACACAAUACUGGUUUGUGGCGAAUCAGGCGCGGGAAAAACAGAAAAUGCUAAAUAUGUGGUAAAACAUCUGAUGCAUACAUGCGUUUGUGAAGGAGGCCUAGGUGGCCUGAAAAGCAAAAUCCUUAAGCUUGACGUUUUGCUCGAAAGCUUUGGAAACGCAAGGACGAAAAUAAACGCAAAUGCCAGCAGAUUUGCAAAGCUUCUACAGAUAAGCUUCAGAGAUGAGAAAGUCAUUGGAGCCAAUGUAAGACAUAUCCUGCUUGACAGAAAUCGAGUUGUUGCCAGGUCAGAAACUUUCAAAGAGGGAAAUUUCCACAUUUUCCACGCUUUAUUUGAGAGCCUAUCUGAUGAGGAAAAGAGGGAUCUUUACUUGAAAAGGGAGGAAUGUGACACAAUACUCCAUGAAAGUAGCGCAAAUUUGCAUGUCAAAGAGAAAUAUCUCAAACAGUAUCAUGAUAUAGAGGAAGCUAUGAAAAAAUCAGAGUUCACAGUUCUGAAAAAAAUGCUAGCUGCAAUUUUACUACUGAGUGACAUAGCAUUCGUUAAACCAGUUCAGUGGAUGGAUGAAAUAAAAGUGAGGAACGAAGAAAAACUGAAGCACG